CAAACAUUUGCUUCCAGUUGCUAGAGAAAAGGGACAUGUUAUAGAGGCUGGCAGGGCCGAGCAGCCGUACGUUAAACCGGGGUAACGGCAACCCUAUCGGAGAUGGGAAAGGUCGCCCAAAGAAGAACGAGGCCAAUUUAAACUGUGUAGCCACCAAACGGGCUGGGUAGGAUGCUCCUCGGGGCACAUAUGCAAGAGUUAUUUCAUGUUUCAAACGUGGGAGAUGGUGGCGUUACAGAGAGAGAGCUCUCCCUUCCUGUCGUCUAGAACAAGAUGGCAGCAAUGUAGGCGAACUGUUCAUGCUAUGGAUUUGUAAGUCCAUAACAUGUUCAGAGAAGCCUCGAAUUAUACUUAUAGUGACUCUAUGUGAAGGUAUGGCCUCACAAGUUUUGGUCUACCCACCACACAUUUAUCAAACCCAGACAAGUGCCUUUAGCAGUGUGAAGAAACUCAAAGUUGAGCCCAGCAGCUGUGUGUACCAUGAGAGGGCACACCGACGGGCUUAUCUGAACAACAGAACCCUUGGAAUUGUGCAUCCAACGAAGCAAGCCCACUCGUUUGUGAACCGAGACUUGGUAGUGGGCCUGAAAAUACGUGGAGGACAGGAGUAUCCAGUGCAGACAGUGGUGGUUCGUGGCGUACAAAGACAACCGGCCAAUAAAAAACGAGGAGGAGGAGGAGAACCCGGCCGACUUGUGGCCCAGCGACAACAGGAAGCAGGGGUCAUCCAGUCACAGGGGAAGGGCCAGCAGCAUCAGACAGAUACAGCAAGUGGGAGCAGCGGUGGAGCAACAGGAGCAGGAGGAGGGGGAAGGGGAGAGGGCUGCAGUGGAGGAGUUGAGGGAGGAGGAGACGAGGAGGAGAGAGACAAAGAAGAAGAAGAGAAGUGUGGAGGUUUGAACUCAGCUGACAGCUUUCAGCGAUGUGGGCUGAAACGUAAGAGCGAGGAGCUGGAAAACCUAGGGAGCACCAUGCAGAUUGUGGAGGAACUGUCUAUGUUGCCUGCCAUGUUGCAAACAACAAAUGUUGGGAACGCAACAGUGACGGCGCCGGCAGCUAUUGGGGCUGGUGGGGGUCCCUCUAAACCAUGUGUAGGGCAUGGGGUUGUAGGUGCUGGAGGAGGGACAGGAGGUGGGGAUGGGGACUAUCAGGUAGUACAGCAUGAAGUUCUGUGUUCCAUGAAGAAUACUUACGAAGUGCUGGAUUUCCUCGGACGUGGCACAUUUGGUCAGGUGGUGAAGUGCUGGAAGAGGGGCACGGGUGAGGUGGUAGCUGUCAAGAUACUGAAAAAUCAUCCUUCAUAUGCAAGGCAGGGUCAAAUCGAAGUCGGCAUCCUUGCUCGUCUGAGUGGUGAGAACGCGGAUGAGCACAACCUGGUGCGAGCCUUUGAGUGCUUUCAGCAUCGCAGCCACACCUGCCUGGUAUUUGAGAUGCUCGAGCAGAAUCUGUAUGAUUUCCUGAAGCAGAAUAAGUUCAGCCCACUGCCCCUGAAAGUAAUCAGACCUGUGCUGCAGCAGGUAGCAACAGCUCUGAAAAAGUUGAAGAGCAUGGGUCUGAUUCAUGCAGACCUGAAGCCGGAGAACAUUAUGCUGGUGGACCCAGUGAGGCAGCCCUACAGGGUGAAGGUGAUAGACUUUGGCUCAGCCAGUCAUGUGUCCAAAGCAGUGUGUUCAACGUACCUCCAAUCCCGGUACUACAGGGCUCCAGAGAUUAUUCUGGGAUUGCCGUUUUGUGAAGCCAUAGACAUGUGGUCUCUGGGCUGCGUGAUAGCUGAACUGUUUCUGGGCUGGCCUCUUUAUCCUGGGGCUUUGGAGUAUGAUCAGAUUCGCUACAUCUCUCAGACACAAGGUUUGCCAGGAGAGCAUUUAUUGAACACGGGGACGAAGACUGCACGCUUCUUCUGCAAAGAGUCUGAAUCAUCUUAUGCUGUGUGGAGACUAAAGACAACAGAGGAGCACGAGACAGAGACAGGAAUGAAGUCAAAGGAAGCCAGGAAGUACAUCUUCAGCUGUUUGGAUGACAUAGCGCAUGUAAACUUGAUGAUGAAUCUGGAAGGUAGUGAUUUGUUGGCUGAGAAGGCAGACCGCAGAGAGUUCGUGGGCUUGCUGAAGAAGAUGUUGUUGAUCGACGCAGAGGAGAGGAUCGCCCCUGCCGAAGCUCUCAUCCACCCUUUCGUGACCAUGCAGCACCUGCUUGACUUUCCACACAGCAACCAUGUGAAGUCGUGUUUCCACAUAAUGGAUGUUUGCUGGAGCCGUCCUAAUGUGUUUGAGGCCGCCAACAGAAAUAAAGGUCCAUUUGUUAGACCUGUAACUGCAACUGCCGCUGCCUCAGCCAACCAUCCCUUCAGCAAGAUCCCUACUGUCCACACCCAAGGGUUGGCCCCAUCAGCCCCGUCAGUUAUCCACCCUGGGAUACCAAUGCAGUCAGGAAGUGGUCAGUUUGGAUGUAAUGAGUCAUUUCAGCAAGCUCUCAUUCUAUGUCCACCAACCAUUCAAGGUAUCCCACCCAACACAGCAAAACCAGCAGGCUACUCUGUUCGCAUGGAGGCGUCUGUUCCUCUGGUCACCCAAGCACCUGCAAUCCAGCCCAUACAAAUCAGACCUGGAGUCAUUACCCAGACCUGGUCGAGCCGUGCACAGCAGAUCUUGGUUCCCACUUGGCAGCAGGUCACAUCCGUGCCCCCGCCACCAACCACUUUGGCAUCUGACACUGUAAAAGCCUCCCAGAGAUUGGGUGACUGGGGGAAAAUGCGUCCCCAUGGUAACCACUUUGGCUCCAUGAUUGCACACCCUCAACCAUUCUUAACCAACCAAAUGAACAUGUCCACCCACCAGCCAAUCAACAUUGGCAUUGCACAUGUGGUGUGGCCACAGCCAGCUACCAACAAGAGGGCAAAGCCUAGUGUGAACAGAGGCACCAACUUCUCCCAAAACACAAACAUCCAAAACUUAACAUGUCAGUCCCCAAAGAUGGCUGAUACAGCAAAGAAUGUGGAAGAAGUGGAGGAGGAGAAAGCCAGAUGUCCAGGGGAAGAGCUCUCUGUGGAGGAGAAGGGAGCAGUGGUGCAGGUGGAGGAGGAUGAGGAGAACUGCUGUAAAGUGGAGACGCACUGCGAGGAGCUGGCCGUUUCGCAGGAGCAGCGGCAGGCUAUGGUGAUUUCGGACCUAGCCAGUCCAGCCGUCAGUGUCAUCAGUAUCAGCAGUGAUGAGGAGGAGAAUGCACAGAUUCACUCAAUGGGGGAGUGUAAGGGCAGUGCAGAAUGUGAGGCAUGUCAGAGCACUGUCAGCAUGGAGAGAGUGUGUUCUCUCAGCAGUCCAGACAGCACGCUCAGCACCAGCUCCUCGGCCUCAGCGCCGUCCAGUACCUCACCCUGCAAACACCCCAACAGUAUGUCUGACGACGAGCAGGAAAGCGGUUGCGACACAGUUGACAGCUCGCACAACUCUGGCCACGGCAACAGCCCCUUCGCAGAGCAGCCGUACAUCACUGACAACAACCAGAACUGUGAGCCUCGUGUUGCGUGCGUUGCCCCGGAGACGGAGCCCAGCAGACCAACCGUCCGUACUGUUGUUGUGCCCCCGAUGCGGGUGCGGAGCAAUAACAACAAUCCCGUCGUCAUGGACACACCUGGGAACACAGGUCACAUGGCCUGGGAUUAUGCUGUGUUAGUAGGCUGCAGAGGUUCUUACAGUCUUGGAGUCUUCAUGCCAGUCAAAGCGGCGUGGCAUUCUUGGGCGCCAGCAUCACCACUCCACUCCGCUCGUCAGCAAGCCGCAGAAAAUGACCUUCCAGUCGCAGCAUCAGCAGCCUAUUGGGUUUGGGCAGGUGCAGCAUUUCGGUUCCUGCCAUCAGGAAUGGAAUGGCAAUUUCCCCCACCGGCGGCCACAGGCUUACAUCCCUCCAACCCUGCAUGGGCACCCAUUUACGCUCCCCCAAAGCAGCCCAAACCACUCAACAGGCCCCCACGCCCACCUUGGAGGGCACCCACCUUCCCAGCCCACCCUUCUGCCUUACCCUCCCUCCGGCCCUCUGGUCACUGCUGCCCCUGUGGCCCACCUUCUGGCCUCCCCUGGGGUUUCCCACCCCGUCCUUCAGCCCACCUACAGUCUCUCCCACCCGGCAGGUAUCGUGCACCAAGUGGCUGUGGGCAUCAACCCCCGACUGCUUCCCUCCCCCACUUUGCACCCCCAAGGGCAAUUCAAACCCCUCUUUCCCCCGCACUCCUACAUCGCCUCGCCUGCUUACAGCAGUUUCCCUCUCAGCCCUACCAAAAUAAACCAGUACCCUUUUAUGUGAGCGUGGUCGGCCUGGUACCCUUUAUACCACCUGAGGGCUAAGGGGGAGCGGGGCAAAAAUGUAUCUUUAACCACAAACAAGAUGGCUUUCAUCUCAGAAAACCACGGCACAACCACAGAGAAAGCAAGCUAUUUUUUUGAAUCAUGUACACUUAAGUCUAACUGAACUUCAAGCUUUAAAAAAAACAAAAAAAAAGAAGAAAAAAAAGAGUUCCAUUGUUGGAAAUGAUUUGGCAAAAAUUAAGGAUGAAACAACGUGUGAAAUGAUUGACUGAAAGAAUGAAUGAAUAAUCAAACUCACACCUAGUGUUUUGCACAUUUGAUAUAUCUUUGCAUUGAAUCUUCUACGAAUACUCCUCAAGACAGGUAAAUAAUUGGGGUGUUGUUGAAUAGUCAGACUUUGCACCCCUGGUCCCAGCUAUUUUUCUAUAAUGCCUUCUUACGUGUGCAAGACGCAUCCAUAUUUGUAAAGCCAUCCCAGUCUCUAGCUCUAGAUCGACAGAUGCACCUGUUGUCCACAGUGUACGUUGUACCGCGUUUGAAGUAUUUGUACCUUUUCGGUGUCUUUAGGUGUUGGCAAUGUCAAGUCAGUUAUCCGAUUUAAAUAGAGUCGUUCUUCACGCUGCAUGUGGUCUUUGCAUGAGCAAAAAUGUAAACCGGAAAGAUGCAUAGACGUUGCUCUUAUUGUUUGUGUCACAAGACUCGCUGCAUUGUAUACCUGUCCCCAGCCAUAGUGCCUUACAUAUUUGAGGUUGUUAAUGUUACUACUUAUAUAUGACUAUAUACAUGAAUAUUAAUGUACCGGACUGCAGCACUUGAAAUUCCAAUCAGUCGAUGCAUCCUAUGUGUGAGUAUAUGUCUAUGUUCAUGCAUAGCCUGCAUGGAUGUGAUGUUAUCGCGGAGAGCGGUGCUUCUGUUUUGGAGUCGGUGUAAAUUUCGGCGUGUCGUGAGUUCCUCUUUCUGUUCUCUCCAGAAGAACAGCAUGCUUUUGCUGUUGCGAAUGUGUGCCGUUUCCCUUAAAUCCCCCCCCUUUUUUUUCUUUUUCGUUCUCUGUUCCCGAAUGAAACUUGUGUAUAAAGUGCAAGUACUGAGUAUUGCUUGAUAUUUGAUAAUCACUUUCUAUUUAGUGAGACUCUUACUACUAACAGUAUUUGUACUGUUUAAAACUGCAAUACAAUCUAAAUAGUUGUCAGUUCUAAUUUCUUUUUUUUGUUGUUGUUUUUGUCUUUGUGUUUUCAUUUUGAGUGUUCUCGCUUCGUUCUUUUUAGAUGUUUAGAAGUGUGGUGGGCAUGGCUUUUGAUUAGGCAAGGAAAAAGAUGCAAACAUUAAAAGGAGUUUUCAAAGCCUGAGCAAACCAUGCAGUGUUUGAUAUACACACAUAUAUGGACAUAUAUUAUAGAGCUUGAGUAUUUAGUACAGAUGCUUGAUAAAGGUGUGAGUUCAUUGUGUGCAAUUCUCUCAUUUAUGCAUGUGUGACAAAGUUAACUUUUUUCCCUUUGCAUUAUACCAUUUGUUAAAGGCUUAAGGCUUGGUGUCUACUUGCUUCUUUUUUAUACAUUCCGUCAGGGAGGAUACAUACAUAUAUUUAUGUAAGGUGGUAGCACCACUGAGUGUGCAUGUGUAUGUGUGUCUUUUAUUUUCAUAUAUAUCUAUGUAUAGAUAUAUAUUCUUUAAUUUACUAGGUGUGUAGACCUUUUUUUUUUGUCUUUCAUUUUCAAAUGAAGUCGCUUGUGCAGCACCAAAGACUGUAGUUCAUUUCUUUAAGCAAGGUAGCUAUUCUGUUUGCAUAGACCUCAGUUAUACUGUAGUUGUAGAAUGGGGUUCAACUAAAAAUCGUUAAAAAGAAAAAAAAGUUUUAUUUAAAAAAAAAAAAAGGAAAAAAAAAAAGCUGAUGUUUUGCUUAUGGGGCAAUUAAUGAGUCGUAUCAUUUCUUUCUUGAAUGUAUCAUAGAUAAGCUGCUAUAUGAUGAUUGCCAUUUCAUUAGCUGUGAAAUUAGGUGAUUUCUUUCUGAGUUUAAACCUGUAUGGGUCCUUUAAUUAUCUGAAUUAGAAGUAGUUUGGAUUUUGGUGGUUUGCGUUCCCUUGUUGGAGUGUCACUGUAACUACUGUAUUGCUGACGAUAAACAUUAGUUGCAUUUGUUGUUUCUCGGGUGUGUGCGUGUUAUUGCAUCAGUAUUUUAACCUUAUUCUAACCUUUUCAGGAUCGUCACUGCAUAUGAAUAAUGUAUUAAUGUAACUUAAUUUUUUUGUAUUUUUGUUUCUUUUCAUAUCGGUGUUUUUUACACAUCUAAAGCUGUAGCUUGCAGGAUUGAUUUAACUUUCUCAUGCUCUCUACACCCUGUACUACCAGUCCUCUAUGUGAGUUACAGGAGCACUGUGAGAUGCCGGGGGGGACGAGAGAAAAGAAAUUAUAAGAAAAAUAUCCGCCGUGUCCCUUGGAAAUCUUUCCAUAAGUCACAAAUUUUCACUCAGCACUUAGGCGAGGUUUGGAAGCGUCAUAAAUUCAGCCUGAUAUUUCUGUCGUUUUUUUUUUAAAUUGUCAAAACAAUUUGGAUUAAUAUUACAAAUUAUGUUAUCUGUUCAAUGUUUUUUUUCUUUGAAUUGCCUUGUGUUCAGAUCGCUCUCCCCUUUAUGAGUGUCUCAUAUGAAAAUGUUGUUUUGUCAGAGCGAGGCGGUGGCCGUUGUUGUGUCCUUUACUGAAGUGAAGACAGUGUAAGCAGCACUGUGUAUGUGCCUUGAGAUUCAGAAAAAUGAGAAUCUGCGAUGGUGACUCGUCACCACCUUAGUUGAGGAGGAAGGCAUAGAUUCCAAUUAAUUUAUCUACACAAAAGGCGGCCACCAAAUCAGGGUGGACACAUGCAAAAAGAACAAAAAAACCUGGAAAUUGGACUCCUGAUCAAUUAGCACGAGAACUCUCACUCUCUGACAGCUGCCAUCAAAGCCUCUCAGUGUUAACACACCAACAAAAACGCACACACAGGCUGAAAGAUCAUAUGACACUCUUUAGUCACCCUGACUACAAAAAAAUAAAAAUGCAGAUGCAAUACUUUACAUUAUGCGGUCAUUGCACCACCAAGUGUUCUUAGAUAAUCUCCAUGCUUUACAUUACCUUGCAUGUACGCAUUUGUUGCUGGCGUGUAUUUUCUGGAGGAUAUGUGGAAGUACCCAGAGCACAGUAAAUAAACACUGGCUUGUUUAAAUCAAUAUUUAAAGGUUUAUUUCCAGAAGGAAACUCCUCGGCUCGCUGGAUUUCUACUGUUUCUCUGUCAGUCAGUCACAAGUGCAAUACUCCUCAUUUAACACUGAUAUUUGGCUGUAUGUCUUGAAACCUUCGAUUUCUUUUCUGAGCUGUACGCUUCACAGAUCAUAAAGAAAGCCGACAGCGCCGAGGCAUGAACUUGAUUAGUGCUUGUAUUAAUACCCAAUAAAGCGCAUGGAACAUGUAAUCUGUUUUGACUUCCUCAAAGGUGUUCACCAGCAAGGCGCUCGUGUUAACUCUCCCGUUCUUGUUAAGGACUAGAGUGGAUGCAAGUGGAGCGAAAUCUUUAAGCUGUUUUUAACUUUUCUCACAGUUGACACGUUGAUCUGUGGAGAACUUGUUUCUGAGAAUCCAUGUAACAUUCAACAGAUAAAACAAUAAAUAUGUUUAAAAAAAAAAAGAUGGUUUAUCAAAUUUUGAUAUUUGAGGAAAUCUACAGCGGUGUUAAACAGAUCUAAAUUCAGGGUCUUUAUUAAUGUGCUACUGUGUAACUGUUCAGUUUAAUAAAAAAAAAAAAAAGGUCUGUUUUUAUUUGAACUGUUGGGGUUUUUUUGUCAUCUCUGCCAGUUUCAGAGUUAAUUCACACUGCAAGUUAUGGAUCAUCUGUUUGGAUUGCUCAUCAAUUACACUUGAUUAUAGAAUCUGAACUGUUACUGUUUGAAUACCUGUAGAUUUUUUUGUGGCUUUGUUUUUACCUUUUGUUUUGUUUGUUUCAUUUGCUUUCAGACGUCGUGCUACACUAGUUUGCCAUGUAGCAAUUGCACUGUGCAAUAUUUACAGUUUGAGGACUGGGAAUACUAACUUUAUCGAUGUGAUGUCUCUUACAUUUCGCGACAGUGUUUCCUCUCUAGUUCUCAGUAAUUUAGGUGUGACCAAGCCUUCUCUACUUUGUCACAUUAAGCGGGUUUUCCAGGUGACUCUUUUGGUGAGUGUCAAAUUAAGAAUUUAUGGUGUAUUAUUGUUAAGAUUCACUUUGAAUUAAAAAAUUAUGCCGCUCUUCUUGA